AUGGAGAUGGAGGCGAUGGGGAAGCAGCAGAGGGAGGAGGCGCUCCUCGGGGCCGCCGCCGCCGGCAACCUCCGCCUCCUCAAGAAGAUGGCGAGGUGGAUGGGCUCCGGCGGGCAAGGCGAGGCCGCCGUCCUGGCGGCGGUGGAGGACGGCCAAGGGGACCGCGCGCUGCACCUGGCGGCCGCGGCGGGGCGGCUCGAGGUCUGCAGGUACCUCGUCCAGGACCUCCGCCUCGAUGUCAAUCAGCUCAACCUCAUAGGUGACACGCCACUGUACCUUUCUGCCUCAUAUGGAAGAGCUGAUGCUGCAAGAUAUCUUCUUGAUCAUGGUGCUGAUCCACUAGCUGGCAAAGUACACUCACCUCUCCAUGGCGCUGCAAAGGAAGGACAUUGUGAAAUAGUAGAACUGCUGCUUUCAAGAGGAAUCAAUGUGGAUUUAGAUUCUGCGCAAGGGACGCCAUUGCAUGCAGCUGCUAUUUCUAAACACCAUGACAUAAUUAAGAUCUUGUUGGAGCACCAUGCCGAUCCUAACAAGGUUUACGGUCUUGGUUAUGCCCCAUUGAGUUGGGCCAUCCGUGCCAUCAGGCCCAUGCCUAGAGAGCCGUUGGAAUGUGUCAAGCUGCUUGUUAAGGCUGGUGCUGAUCUGAAUUUUAUUGACUUCGAUGGUGGUAGUUACGUGAUGUUGGCAGUGAAGUUUGACUCACCUGGCAUCAUGAAGUUCUUGCUAGAUGCUGGUGCUAACCCCAAUAUUCCUGAUGAAUGUGGUAACACACCAAUUGAAGUUGCUGCCUCUAAAGGCAGUAGGGACAUGGUUGAAAUGUUAUUCCCUUUAACUUCUCCUGUUUCAACGCUGCCGAACUGGAGUAUUGAUGGAAUCAUUUCUCAUGUGAAACACUUCGGUUUGAAGCCGAUGGAUAAGCAAAAAUGUGCGAAGAUAAGAACUGAACUAAAACAGAAAGCUUCAGAGGCAUUUAAGGAAGGGAAAUAUUAUGUGGCAUCAGAGAUGUAUACUGGUGCAAUGGCAUUUGACCCUAGUCCAGAUGAUUGUGCGACCAUAUUGGCAAAUAGGAGUCUCAGUACGUUGCGCGGUGGGAAUGGAAGAGCUGCUCUCUCUGAUGCUACCAUGUGCAGGAUGGCGCGACCUCUUUGGCCAAAAGCUUGCUAUCGAGAAGGCGCUGCUCUUAUGUUAUUGAAGAAGUACGAGAGAGCAUGCGAGGCUUUUGCGGAUGGCUUGAAGCUUGACCCUACAAAUGGUGAUCUUGCAAAUGCUUUAAGGGAAGCCCAAGAAGCAGCAAAGAAUGCUCGUCGCCGUGAAAAGUGA